AUGGACCGCAGCACCUGGAGCCCCGCGGUCACCACUGUCGCCCCAACUCUCGCGCCCCAUGAGCGCAUCCGCAAUGCCGCCGACAUCUCGGUCAUCGUCGUUUACUUCGUGGUGGUGAUGGCUGUCGGGCUCUGGGCUAUGUUUUCCACGAAUCGUGGGACCGUUGGAGGCUUCUUUCUGGCAGGCCGGAGUAUGGUGUGGUGGCCGAUCGGAGCAUCUCUCUUCGCGAGUAACAUCGGAAGUGGCCACUUUGUGGGACUGGCGGGGACAGGAGCAGCUGCAGGCAUCGCCACUGGGGGCUUCGAAUGGAACGCACUGGUUCUGGUAGUUGUACUGGGCUGGGUGUUUGUCCCCAUUUACAUUAAGGCUGGGGUGGUGACCAUGCCCGAGUACCUGAGGAAGCGGUUUGGGGGCAAGCGGAUCCAGAUCUACCUCUCCAUCCUGUCCCUGAUUCUCUACAUUUUCACCAAGAUCUCCGCAGACAUCUUCUCUGGGGCCAUAUUCAUCAAUAUGGCCUUGGGUUUGGAUCUGUACCUGGCCAUUUUCCUCUUAUUGGCCAUCACUGGCCUGUACACCAUCACAGGGGGCCUGGCAGCUGUGAUUUACACAGACACCUUGCAGACAGCUAUUAUGUUGGUGGGAUCUUUCAUCCUGACUGGCUUUGCUUUUCACGAAGUGGGAGGAUAUGACGCCUUCGUGCAAAAGUACAUGAAUGCCAUCCCAACCAUGGUCUCAGAUGGAAACAUCACCAUCAAGGAGCAAUGCUACACUCCGAGGCCUGACUCCUUCCACAUCUUCCGAGAUCCUCUCAAGGGAGACCUCCCAUGGCCUGGGCUUAUCUUUGGGCUUUCCAUCCUCGCCUUGUGGUAUUGGUGCACCGAUCAGGUCAUUGUGCAGCGCUGCCUCUCAGCCAAGAACAUGUCUCAUGUGAAAGCUGGCUGCACCAUGUGUGGCUACCUGAAGCUGCUGCCCAUGUUCCUCAUGGUGAUGCCUGGGAUGAUCAGCCGUAUCCUGUACACAGAAAAAAUUGCCUGUGUCCUCCCCUCGGAAUGUGAGAAAUAUUGCGGCACCAAGGUGGGCUGUACCAACAUCGCAUACCCAACCUUAGUGGUGGAGCUCAUGCCCAAUGGACUGCGAGGCCUGAUGUUGUCUGUCAUGUUGGCUUCCCUCAUGAGCUCCCUGACCUCCAUCUUCAACAGCGCCAGCACCCUCUUCACCAUGGACAUAUACACCAAAGUCCGGAAAGGAGCAUCGGAGAAAGAGCUCAUGAUCGCUGGCAGGUUGUUCAUCCUGGUCCUGAUUGGCGUCAGCAUCGCCUGGGUGCCCAUUGUGCAGUCGGCACAAAGUGGACAGCUCUUCGACUACAUUCAGUCCAUCACCAGUUACUUGGGACCCCCCAUCGCAGCCGUUUUCCUGCUUGCUAUUUUCUGCAAGAGAGUCAAUGAACAAGGUGCUUUCUGGGGACUGAUACUAGGAUUUUUUAUUGGAAUAUCCCGUAUGAUUGCUGAAUUUGCCUACGGAACCGGGAGCUGCAUGGAGCCCAGCAACUGCCCCACAAUUAUCUGUGGUGUGCACUACUUGUACUUUGCCAUCAUCCUCUUUGUCAUUUCGAUCAUCACCAUCAUAGUCAUAUCCCUCUUUACCAAGCCCAUCCCAGAUGUUCACCUCCACCGUCUGUGCUGGACUCUCCGAAACAGCAAAGAGGAGCGAAUUGAUCUAGAUGCAGAAGAUGAGACCAUCUCAGAAGCUCCAGAGGAGACCUUUGAAAUCGAGGUCCCCGAGGAGAGCAAAGGAUGCUGCAGGAAGUUCUAUGACCUGUUCUGUGGGCUGGACCAACAGAAGGGCCCUAAAAUGACCAAGGAAGAAGAGGCAGCAAUGAAGGAGAAAAUGAUGGACACGUCUGAGAAGCCUUUGUGGCGGACAAUCGUGAAUAUCAAUGGUGUCAUCCUCCUGACUGUUGCCGUCUUCUGCCAUGCCUAUUUUGCCUGAGUCCUACUAUUUACUCUAGACCGCGCUCACAAAGGACAGAUUUCUACGGGGCCUCCCUGUAAUGCCAUGCUGUGAUGUGGAAGAAAAGUCAGCCAGUUGUAAAUUUUGCUGCGAUAGUCAAAUAUAUACAUGUGUAAUACGAGGCUAGAUGGAUGAAAAUGUGUGCAUGUGUAAUAAGAGGCUAGACACAGAUGAAAAUCAUUGUUAGAUUAUGUGUUUGCAGUUAAUAUGAUGUAUUCCAGAGUUCACCCUAGAGCUGCAAGAGGAAAGCCUACUCAGUAAUAUCUAAAAAGGACAAACUAAGAAACAGAAGGUCUACAAUGUUGGAUGCAUAUUUGUCUCACGUAGAUUCAGUGCACCUACACAAGAAAUUAUUUUGAGUGGCCACCUACCCUCAUUUUCUCCAAAAACAACCAUUUUUUUCUACAUCAUCUCUCUGUCAGGGUUUUCCUGGCACACGAAUAACCAAUCUUAUAAAUGUAUUGAAGCUGAGGAUGGGAGCUUGAUAAGGUCCCUAUGCUGGUAUGUGAUCUCUGAAAGAAGGCCUGGGGGAAGUCAUACCACUUCCUCUAAAGGGAGCGACGUCAGGCAAUUUUCUGAUCUUAAAAAUUAUCCACGGCGAGUUCCCAUGUUUGGGAUCCCACUAAUUUUGGCAUUCAUUUUGACUGCAAUGUCUUAGCCACUCGGCAAUGUUUGUAGACUGACUGAAUGACAUGGAUAUUUAUUUAUAAAUGCGUGCUAUAUUUUUAUAAAAGCCUGGCCCUUGGUUAACAUUUUUCUGUGGCUCUCCAAAAUGUAGCCUCUGGAAACUGUAAUGAAUUGGAGUGUAUUCAUUUGAGACCACCUUUCCUCAUAGGAUUAUUCUUUCCUCUUGGCCUUAGAAUGACUCCUGGGGAUAGACUAGUGGAAGCAAAUAUGUCUCUCAGGGACAUGUUUGGUGUCCUUCUAUUGAAACCAUGAAAUCCUUUGCCUUCCUGUGAGUUCAUGUGACCACAGUCCUUCCUGUUAAGGUGCUUUGAUUGGUGAUUGUAAAUCGAUCCAGGAAGCCUCUAUUCCAGGCAAUAGUCCUCAAACUCCUAGCUGUGAAGACUAGAUCUCUUGAACCUGUCCCUAAGGAGCAAAGUCUUUGAAUCCACUGUGAAAUGUCAAUGAUGCUUACAAUACAAUUGCUUGAAGUUAAGAAAAGGACACUGAUUGAUAAAAGAAAUGGCGCCUGAAAUUCUGCAGAGCUUUGAGUGGUUCCUGAAUCUUAAAGCGGUCCAGCGAGUAAAAGGAUGAUUGGUUCUUAUGACAGGAAGCAAAUCCAGAGCGCUUGAGCUGAUGUGCCAUCACCGUCCCCCAAAUGUGACCUCAUAAGCACAGCCGAGGGUCAGGGGAGGAUCCCACUUGGCUGGCAUUACCCACAGUGCCCAGUCUUGUUCACGGUGUGUUUUGUGUUUUGACGAUAAUAGGGAAAGGCUAAAAAAACUGGUGGAUAAAGGGAAUGGCAAAAAUGUGUCCACAUUGUCCCUGGUUCUGUUUCGGGAUUUGUCACCGAUUCACUGUUAUAGUAUGUGAAAUUACUUUAUCUUAAUUGUGCAUUUUUCCUCUGAAAAAUGAAGACCUUGAUGCUUGUAGCAUCUACCUACCUCCUUGGGUGUGACGCGGUCACUUGGAAGAGGGAGUGGGAGAUCCAUACCUGAAAGAUCUUAUGCAGAUGCGAUGUUAAAUGGCAAUGUCACUUCCUAAUGAAAUGCGUCACUCUGACAGCAAUAAAAGCCCGACAAAUCUUGUUCUACA